AACAGAUGGGUUGUGUACCUUCUAUGUAAAACCCGUCUUCACGAGCUGAAAGUCAUUUUUUCUUCACGUUCGCAGACGUGACAGCGCUUCAGUCACCAUGAGGAGCUCUGUGGUGUUUUGCCUGGGUGUCAGCUUUGCCAUGUUCGGAUUUGGCCUCUCGCUGCAGUGCUACUCCUGCCCCGACGGCUCCUCCAGCGGCUGUGACGUCAAACACGACUGUCGCCAGGCUGAAGACAGCUGCCUCAAACUCACCAGCGGAGAACAGACCUACACUGGAUGCCUGAGGUACACGGACUGUGACUUCAUGACUCUGGCCGUCAGAUACUCCGUCCCCGACUUUGAAUUCUCCUGCUGCCAGUCCAAACUCUGCAACGGCCAAGAAAAAAGUGCCUUUCAGAAAUUUAAGGACUUUUUCGGUUAAGAAAUGAAAAUAGAAAAAAAAAGAAAAGAAAGGGAAGAAUAAGAUUUCAGUUCAUUGAUUCUCAUUUGUAGCACUUCACUGUUAAACAAUCAACAAUAAAGUCUUGUUCUCAUAAAA